CAUUUCUCGGGUGCCCUGAUUUGCCGAUCACCAAAGACGGGCAUAUUCAAUGCCUGGCAACUCUCCGACUUCCACGGAGAGUGGCAUUCUGUUCGCGGUGGUGGCAGCCUCCGGUUUCGCGACACCUUUCUACACAAUCCUCAGUACACCUUCGAGCUGACGAAGGACACCGAUGAAGAGGUUCUUGUCUCGCUGACUCGCAAACAUCAUUGGGACGUCAUCUCGAAGACAAUUGUUCACGACACUUCCGCUCCACCCAUUGGCUUCGCAUUGCUCAAGGUAAGCGUUGAGAAACAUGCACGUACCUUUAACCGCACUCCACUCCCCUCCCCCCCCCACCAUUACGUCUUAUUGUUUCUGGUUUGUGUCCAAAGUCGCGCGGCCGUUCGUUUACACUGUCUAGUUUCAUGCAUGUUGUCAUAUCAGUACCUACCCUUGGGUUCGGCAUGCCUCAUUUUGAAUGGUAGGGCGCUCAAUAAUCUGGUUCGGGAACAUGCUCCUCCCUUGUGUGCCUUGGAACUCAGUCUAGAGCUCUGGCAGACAGUCGCAUGGGAACUUGUAAGAUAUGAUGGAGUGGAACCGAUGAAGACCAAGGGGAUCGGCAUGACCAUUUCUGGCUUAUUAGCCGUCAUCAGCCGGUAA